AGUCCUCCACCUCCUCCUCCUCCUCCUCCUCUCUCUCUCUCUCUCUCUCUCUCUCUCUCUCUCGCUCUCUCCUUGUUCCUUAAAUUAAAUCUUCAGUUUUGUUUGUUCUAUUAAGAACUAAGCACACAAAAUCACCACAGCCGCCGAAGCUGCAGUCCUAUGUGUUCGUGAGAGAGAGGAUGAAAGAUGGUGGGUUUACGGAUUCUGCUUGAAGCCCAGAAUAAUAUCGACAAGGGUCCAGUCAUCAACAAAGUUAACAUGAUCAAAACCUCUUCUGCAACUACUAAUUCGUCGUCGGUUGCUUCGACACCCACUUCUCUGUACUCUCCGUCAUCUCUUCCGGCCAUCACUUUUCUCGACUCCUGUUUUCUCUGUAAACAGAAACUCUUGCCUGGCCAAGACAUCUACAUGUACAAAGGAGAUCGAGCGUUUUGCAGCGUGGAGUGCAGAUGUAGACAUAUUUUCAUAGAUGAAGAGAGUGUCCGGAGGAAGAAAUGCUCACCGGCAGCCAUGAAUGUGAAAGUGAAACCCACAUCGUUGACGUCGCCUUCUCCUUCUCCUUCUUCUUCUUCUUCUUCUUCUUCUUCUUCUUCUCGUCAUUCCCAUCGCAGAGAGAUCAGGAACAGAGCAGGUGGAUUUGUGUAGCAGGAGAGAGAUUACGAGAUUAGAUUCUGGGAAAUCUCCAAAUGAUGUUCUUGUCCCUUUAGGUUCAAGUGUAAUGUGUAUCACCAAAAAUGGCGCCUUCGUCGUUUUUUUCGCUUCCAUGUAAGUAAGUAAACCUUCGCCGCCGGAAUGGGUGGCCGGGGACGGCGAGUUUUGUUCUGUCGGCGGUGGAGGUGUUAGCUGUAAUCAAUCAAUUAUUAGUAUUGUUAAGCAGUAAUUACGUUUUAAUUGAGAGAUAAUGAUGAAGAUUGUGCUUA